AUGUCUGUAGUAGGUGUUGAUUUGGGAACGCUCAACAGCGUCAUUGCUGUUGCGCGGAAUCGCGGUGUCGAUGUGAUUGCAAAUGAGGUUUCCAACCGCGCGACACCAUCGCUAGUAGGCUUCGGCCCCAAGAGCAGAUACGUCGGCGAGACGGCCAAGAACCAGGAAAUCUCCAACCUCAAGAACACCGUCUCCUCCUUCGUCCGCCUCGCCGGCCGCAACCUCACAGACCCCGAUGUCCAGGUCGAGCAAGACUUCAUAUCCGCGCCGCUCAUCGACAUGGGCGGCCAGGUCGGCGCUGAGGUGACAUAUCUGGGCAAGAAGGAGCAGUUCACUGCCACCCAGAUCACCGCCAUGUUCCUCACCAAGAUGCGCGCCACAGCAUCUGCCGAACUCAAACUCCCCGUCAACGAUGUCGUCCUCAGCUGCCCCGUCUGGUACACCGAUGCCCAGCGUCGCGCCAUCCUUGACGCCGCCGACAUCGCCGGCCUCAAGUGCCUGAGGCUCAUCAACGACAACACCGCAGUCGCUCUCGGCUGGGGAAUCACAAAGCUGGACCUCCCAGCGCCCGAGGAGAAGCCACGGAGAGUCGUCUUCGUCAACAUCGGCCACAGCAACUACACCGCUACCGUCGUUGAGUUCAAGAAGGGCGAGCUCGCCGUCAAGUCGAGCGCCUGGGACCGCCACUACGGAGGCCGCUACAUCGAUAAGGCCCUUGUCGAGCACUUCGCUAAGGAGUUCAAGGAGAAGUACAAGAUCGACGUAAUGGAGAACGGCAAGGCCCGCCUCCGUCUGUCGGCCGGUGUCGAGAAGCUGAAGAAGGUCCUUUCCGCAAACAACCAGGCCCCCAUCAACGUCGAGUCCAUCAUGAACGACGUCGAUGUCCGCGGUAUGCUCAAGCGCGAGGAGCUUGAGGAACUGAUCAAGCCCCUCAUCGACCGUGCUACCGCCCCUAUCGAGCAGGCUCUCGCCGAGGCCAAGCUCACCACUGCCGAUAUCGACGCCAUCGAGAUGGUUGGUGGCUGCACACGUGUACCCGUCCUCAAGGCCAAGAUCCAGGACUACUUCGGCAAGCCGCUCUCCUUCACCCUCAACCAGGACGAGGCUGUCGCUCGUGGCUGCGCUUUCUGCUGCGCCAUCCUCUCUCCAGUAUUCCGUGUCCGUGACUUCUCCGUCCACGACAUGGUCAACUACCCCGUUGAAUUCACAUGGGAGAAGUCAGAGGACAUUCCGGAUGAGGACACCAACCUGACCGUCUUCAACAAGGGCAACGUCAUGCCAUCAACCAAGAUCCUCACAUUCUACCGGAAACACCCAUUCGACCUCGAGGCCAGGUACGCCAAGCCCGAGCAACUGCCAGGAAAGAUGAACCCCUGGAUCGGCCGCUUCUCCGUCAAGGGUGUCAAGGAGGACCCCAAGGGUGACUUCAUGAUUUGCAAACUCAAGGCACGCCUCAACGUGCACGGUGUGCUCAACGUCGAGUCUGGAUACUACGUCGAGGAAACCGAAGUCGAGGAGCCAAUUCCCGAGUCUCCGUCAGCAGAGAAGAAAGAGGGUGAUGUACGUUCCGAAUUUCCUUCUGAUCCUAGCAACGGGCGGCAAAGCCCGCCCGAGCCUGCCGCGAAACGACACAAGCCUGACGCUGAUCCUGCAAUGGACGUUGAUAAGGACGCCGCCAAGGAGCCACCGAAGAUGCGCAAGGUCAAGAAGCAGCAGCGCAAGGGUGACCUGCCACUAUCAGCCGGAACUGCUUCGCUUGACGAAGAGAGCAAGCAGACCCUGGCCGAGAAGGAGAACUCCAUGAUCAUGGAGGACAAGCUCGUUCAAGACACCGAGAACGAGAAGAACAACCUCGAGAGCUUCAUCUACGAGCUCAAGGACAAGAUUCUCGACGUCUACGCCGAGUUCGCCAGUGACGAAGAGAAGGCUAAGCUCAACACAAAGCUCGAGACCAUCGAGGAAUGGUUAUACGACGAGGGUGACGACGCGUCAAAGGCACAGUACGUCUCCAAGAAGGAGGACAUCCGCUCCAUCGCCGGUCCCAUCAUCCAGCGCUACAACGACAAGAUUGAGGGCGAGCGACAAGCGGCCAUGGAGAAGCACCAAAAGGAGCAUGCCGCUAAGCAAGCCGAGCUUGAGCGCGCAAAGCGGGAAGCCGAGGCUAAGAAGCAGGAUCAGGCGCCGCCGGCGGAAGAGCCAAAAGACGCGGAGAUGACAGACGCCGAGGCACAAAAGCCAGACGGCGUUGAGGAGGCUUCUUAA